AUGAUUUCCAAUAAUGUCUUCGACUUUGACGCAAGCAAGCUCAAUCCUUGCAAAUGCGGAUCUAAUUUAGUUGCUUAGUACUUUUGCAUUAGGGAUACAUACUGCAACAAUAGUCCAUAUUACUGUGUGGAGUGCUCUGAGAAUGGAGUCCAUGAUCACAGACUUUAAUAGGUUCACAAGAUUUGUAUUUAGCUAGCGAAUCAAGCCUAGCAAAUCUAUGAUUAGAUAGAAAAGUUUGGUGAGAAUAUCAGAGAUCAGUAUAUCCCCGUCUAGGAAAUCAUGGAAUUCUGCUAAACAGUAGUUGAAGAGAACGACCUAAGAAAAAAAAAUGGAACUGAGUUCACUAACUAUAAAACAAAUUUCCAACUAGUAGAUUAAAUACUCGAAAGAGCACUAUAUCUAAAGAGAUUGAUAGAGGAAUGUGCUGGUGAAUAUCAAGUCUUGGAGAUCAAGUAGCACUCCAGAGAAUUAAAUGACUUGUAGAUUAAAAUCAGAGAUACAAAGAUAGGAAAAGACAUUGACAUAGAUUUCAUCUACAAAGAAUAUAAAUGUGUUUUCAGUGGAAAUGUCGAUAACAUAGAUAGGUAUCUUGAGAAUCCUGACAUUGUAGUAUUCUAUCAAAAGAUGAGAGUUAGAGCAUUGGAAGAUCACAAAAUCAAAAGUAAAGAGAAAAUUAAAAAACUUUAGUAAAAGGUUGAUGAACACGAACUGAGAUUAAUUAAAUUAGAAUAAUUAAUAGGGUAAAGGGACCAAGACGCCCAGUAGUAUAUCCAGUAGAAAGUUUAAAAUUCUGAAUACUAUGGAAUAGCAAAUAAAAAUGCAUAGAAAGACAAUCUAGAUGAACAUUACACAAGAGGAAAGCCUGGAUAUAAUCAACCAGAAGAAAAUUAUGAUCAGUGA